AUGUCUGCUGAGUCAUUGAAUUCACAGAGCGCGUAUCAUACAGACGAUGCCCAGUGCCAGAUGAGCAAGACACCACAUGCACCCGUAGGCGACGCUGCUUGGUCCAUAGCCUCCCGACGACCUGCGCUGCCGACUGUGGCACCAGGUCUUGGAGCACCAGUUCAGCAGCAGAAAGUACUGGACUGUCUUAAGGUUCUGGGCAAGUAUGUCGAUGGAAACUCAACCAACGGGCGGUGGCAGACAUCACCUACAUUCAUGGCCUCACUUCAGAACAGCGACUGGCUGGCACAGAUCACCACAGUAGCAAUUCUUCUGAAAGGCGGACAGGUGCAGACAGGCUUUCAACUCCUCGGCGGCUGCUUUGAUACGUACAAAACCAAUCUAAAGGCUGAAAGCCCCUUGCUCACCUCUGAGACUUUUAUGGCCGCUUUCCAACUUAUGAGCAUCUCACCUGGCUUGGGAUGGUCAUUCCUAAAGUACACCUGCCAGCUGAGCGGCAUCGUUCUAGAAAAGUCGCACCCAUUAUUUCAACUACUAUCAAAAUAUCUAACCUUGGAUAGCGAAGCAUUCGCCAACUGUAGCGACCUAUUCCUGGGUUGCUUCCUCGACCUGAUGAAGCAACAUCUCUCCGGCUGGGACGAUUCCCACCGCGACGCACUGUUACUGACAACCGGUCGCAUGUUCUUGCUCAGCCUCACCACGUUCUCACAAUAUCAAGAAUUCAGACGGAUGUCCAGGAGCGACGAGGCAAUGCCAUUAUUAGGCCAUCAGCACGUGCUACAAUGCGACAGUGGUGAGUUGCCACCCGCGGCUACGCGAUCAGAGACACUUUCGCUCUAUCCCCUUCAUCCAGCACAAAUCAAGGUGAUGAAGCAGGAGCCAGGAGGAAUCGAUUACCUGUCUUUCGAGAUGCUUUGA